AUGAAAGUCUUCACACCAAUCUUUGUGUUAAUGGCACUCGCUACCUCCCAGGCAAUUGCCGCCCCUGCAGCCGAGGCUGAAUCCUUGGAGGCGCGUGCCGACUAUUGCGUUGAUAUCAAAGUAUGCCACGGCUAUAACUAUGAGGGUGGCUGCUAUAAGGAAUGCAAGAAGCCCGGUGAGCCUGUUGAUAUCAGAAAAGGAUAUAAAAAGAAUGCCGGCUCGUUCAAACUUGGCACCAAGGGUUAUAGCUGCCAGGUUGGAUCCGUAUCAGUGCAACAAACUCUAAGGCAUCCCAUGGUGCCCUUCAAAGAUGACAGAUGUUGCCGAGGGGGCUUGGAGGUUAUAUCAACUGGCGAGGAGAUGCUAUUAGCAGAUGAGUUGACGAGGAAGGUUUGA